AUGUUUAAGAAGAACCCUCAACCAAAAGCUUCGGCUAAUAUUAAGUCUUCAGAGAGGAGAAAGCUUCUUGGUUCCAUCUGUGAAGCUUAUGAUAUCCCAAAAGAUAAGUUGUCUAAAGAAGCAGAGCUCAAAUUGCUUCCAUCAGUGAUAAAGCAAGCAUCGUUCAAAAGUGUGCAAGGUUUUCAAGGUACAAUUUACUAUAAUACUGAUGAGACUCCGUUAUAUUUUAAGUCAAGAGAUUCUCAAAUGUAUCCCAGUGUUUUCACGUGCUGGGAAAAUGGGUAUCUCUUGCCAUUGGUUGUAACUCAUGAAAAAGUGAUAGAUCAUCUCAAAGGUGGGGCAAAUUUGAUGUUACCAGGAUGCUUAUUACCAUUCCCAAAAGAGAUUGCUCGAGGAAAUGUCGUGGGGAUUAUCGAUUAUAAGAACCCAGGGGUAGUUAUUGCAGUAGGAGAAGCCAACAUUGAUUUGGGGAAAAUCACUGAAUUAACUCAAGGUGUGGCAGUGACUGUUUUCCAUGUAGUAGGAGAUGAGUUAUGUAAAUUGAAUAAGUUAGUUGAUAUCGAUGAACCCAAAGAGGUGGACGUAUCAGAGCCAUGGAAAGGAGAAGGUUCAGAAGACGCCGAAGGGAAUCUGGAGACACAGGAGGAAGUUCCAUCAGAAGCUGUUUCAGAGACUGAAUCAGAAAUUCCACAAACUCAAUCAGACAACCAACCUCAGACUCAAUCAGACAUUGACAUGAACGACUUAGCUGAACAGGUCAACACUCUUACAGUUGAAGAAAUUGAUAAUUUCUUUACCAGAUCACUCCUUCAAUCGAUUAAACUUGACGAUAUAGAAACUCCCAUUAAUGCCUCCAACUUCAUGUCAAAUCAUGUUCUUAAGAACCUUCCCCAAAUCGACAGUCAAUAUAAGAACAUCAAGAAAACCAGUUGGAAGAAAACAGGUAAAUUCCUCAAAGCUAUGGUGAAAUUAGGUUAUAUUCAAGUUAAAGGUAAAGAUGAUGAUUUAACUAUCAUCUCACAUAUUCCCAAAACUGAUGCCAUAAUCACCGGUUUCAAUACUCAUAAGAUCAGUAAAUCCAAAGAAAGUGACAAGAAGAAGAUAGAUACUUUGAAAGUGGUGCAAUUGUAUCAACCUACCAAUAAAUAUAGGAUGUUCUUCAAUAAAUUAGACCAACAAUAUAACCAAUGUUAUACUAUCACAGAAUUGAAAACACUAAUCAAUCAGUAUAUCUCCAAAUUCAAUCUUGUAGAUACUAAACCUCAGAACAUUAAAAUAGAUGAAAACCUUAAAGAGAUCUUAGGGAAUUCGGCCACCAUCGCUAGAAAUGAGAUAGUUGCAAAGUUUAUCAAAUAUGCUACCUUAAAAUAUGUAGUUCUCAAACCAGGACAAUCCCUUGAAGAUGAUAUUGAGAUCUUUUCUGGAGAAACCCCAAAGAUAGAAAUCAUCUGUGAAACCAAAAUAGGAAGGAAAACUGUCACUAGAGUGAAAAACUUCGAAAAAUUCUGGAUCAAACCUCAUAUCAUUGAAGAAGAUUUAAGGAAUCUUUGUCAAGGGUCCAGUACAUUGGAAAAAAUCGACAAGUUUACUGAAGUUAUUGUUCAAGGACCUCAUUACAAGAGCAUUCAAGAUUAUUUGAUCAACAAAGGAGUACCAGGGAAUUGUAUCUUGUACACCGAUAAAAGAAAGAACAAAAAGAGAAAAUAA